AUGAAAACCCACGUGGACCAACAAUGGCAAGUGGCGAUUGAUCGACGUCGGGCGGCAGAAGUGGCGAACGUCGACGGCGGUGGACGGGUUGUCCGGUUGAACUCGAGCGGAGCGGACGCGAUAUGUCGCGAACGACCGUCGACCGGCACCAGUCGACAACGGGCGGCGCGGGCACCGAACACAAACCACGAGGGUGAACGUACGGCCAUGUCGGUUCAAACUUCACACAUUAUCCGGCGAACACGGGCGGCCCGGAAGCAAGACGGACAUACUACACCGUGCGACCAGCCGGCCAUGAUGGCGAACAAAACGAAGCGGUCGUAA